GCAGCUGUUACAAUGUACAGGGACAAGGGGUGACGGCACGUGGAGGGCUAUAUACAUGCAUGCACCUCCACUAUGGCUUCAGACUAUGGAGACGAAGAAAAAUUACUGCAUCUCCAAAGAAUUGAAAAAUGUGAUGAGGAAGAUUUAACCGGAGAUUUCACAGAAUGGACAUGUCUGCAGUUGGAGUACCAAGAUAUCACCACUCUUCCAGCAAGUAUCGGCAGGUGCUGCCACCUGAGAAUUUUGAAUUUAGCAGAGAAUGAAUUGACGGUUCUCCCUGACUCUAUUUUGCAACUGAAAUGCCUCACUGAAUUGUAUCUUCAGUAUAACAACUUCACAGAUUUUCCCUCUGUUGUAUGCAACAUCCCAGAGAUUAAAAUCCUGAAUGUGAGCGGAAAUCAAUUGUAUAGUGUACACCCAGAUGUCAUCAAUAUGGUCAAAUUAAGAAAACUGUAUCUUGCUGACAAUCAGUUUCUAGAGCUUCCAAAUGCGGUAUGUGCUAUUACGAAUCUGGAAUUCCUAGAUAUGGGUAACAACGAAUUGUCCGACAUUCAUCCUGAUGUUAGCAACAUGUCCGAACUUUCAGAACUGAACCUGCAUGACAAUAAAUUUUCUGAGUUUCCAGUUGCAGUUUGCACUAUUUCAAACCUACAAACCCUUGACAUGAGUAGCAAUCGUCUUUCCCAUGUCCACCCAGAUGUCACAGAGAUGAAAAAACUUAUACGUUUAGACUUAUGUAUCAAUCUGUUCAAAACAUUUCCUGAAGCAGUUUUCAAUAUUCCAGAGAUACAGGAACUUGGCCUUGGCGUGAACCAACUGUCUAGCAUUACAGGAGAUACAACCAAACUAUCCAAACUCAAACACCUGUUCCUUUACAGCAACCAUUUUACAGAGUUCCCAGUUGAAGUUUGCCAAAUCCAAACAUUGCAAUACCUGUGUGUAUCGGAGAAUAAAAUCACCCAUCUUCCCUGGCAAGUGAAGAACCUGAAACACCUGACGACGUUGAGGGUCGAGGGGAAUCCCCUCGUGAUGCCGCCCCUUAAAGUAUGCGAGAAAGGCACCGGUGCUAUAUUGCGUUUUCUUGCCAUCUUGGAGAAGUACGGAGUAGUCGAAUGCUAUAGAGUGCAGAUAAACUUUCUAGGGGAGGUGAACAGUGGUAAAAGCAGUUUGGUCAGAACUCUGAAAAACAGGCAGCCCUCGCCAACAGCCGAAGCAGACAGAACUCAGGUCAUCGAGCAGUUGCAGUGGAAACCCGAGGAGAACAUCACUCUCAACAUUAAUGAUUUUGGUGGACAUGAAAUGUACAGAGUGAGUUAUCCUCUCUUCAUUCAUGACAGCAGCAAUUCCCUGAUUACUUUUGAUCUCUCACAGUAUGAUACCAACAGAGAAGAGCACUACAAGAAGUAUAUUGGGUACUGGAUAGAUUCCAUUCAGUCUCAGUGUCACGGGACGGACUCUAAGAUCACACUUGUAGGAACACAUUCCGACAUGCUUAAAGCACCUGAAAGUGACACAAAGAAUAUUUCAUUUGAUGUGUUGGACAGAACAGUGAAAUACGUCGAACAAAAGAAACGAAGGCUGCAAGGGCAAAUACAGGAGUUGCAGGAGAAGAAAAAGAAGAACGACAACUUUUUGCCAUUGUACGAAAAGAAAAUCCGAAUAAAAGAGAAACAGCUAGCCGAGUCUACUUCCAAAGUCCACGAAAGGAUAUUUAUAACAAGCUCAGUGAUCAGGGGAGGGUGUAGUGAACUAGAGCCCCACCUUAAAAGCUUGGCAAUGUCAAGGCACGUUAUACUACCAGUCACUUGGCUAAGCGUUAUACAACAGAUCGAAGAAAAGAAAAAAGAUGAGAAAUGCAGUACACUAUCAUGGACGGAAAUACAAGGGUUUGUAAAGACUGCUAUGGAUCUAGCUGCUGAUCCUGCCUCCCCGAAUGUGAGAACCGAUGCUGAAUCACAAGAUAUUACGACAUUGGCAGAAGACAUUCUGGGGUACAUGGCAAGUUCGGGAGAUAUUGUGUGGUUUGAGAAGAGCCCCACCAUGAAAAAUGUCAUAUUUCACAAACAAGAGGUGCUAGCCAAACUGCUCAAGGCCGUUUUACAUCAUGACAUGGACGCAAAAAGGAUCGACCUUGAGCAGCAUUCAACAUUUACCUCAAAAAAGAUAAAAGACACUCUUUUGGAUCUUUAUCAAAGGGGCACUGCAACCAAAAACGUUUUAUGUUGUCUUUGGGGCGGAUGUCAAGUUUCAGAUGAUGCUAAAAUUGCCAUGUUAGAAAUAAUGCAGAACUUGGAGCUUUGCUAUGAGGUGCCGGGUCCAUCUGGCGAUGGAAAUGCCACUUACCAUUUUCCAUGGCUGUUGGGAGAAAACAUGCCUUCUCAUAUUAGAACAAAAUGGGAUAAAGAUAUAUCUGUUGACAGCAGUCAUCAAACCAUGCAGAUACGCUUUCCAUAUAAGUACCCGGAUGGGAUGUUUCAGAGGCUUGCCGUCAAGCUCCACAAACACGUGGGCAUUUUCAAAUGUAGCAGAGAGGACUGGCAAGAUGGGGUCUACGCAAACGUUGGUAAAUGCCAGAUUCUUCUUCAGUGUUAUGAAGAUACCAAAGACAAGAGAAACAACAAAGACUGGCUGGUAACAGCAUCAGUCAAAAGCAAAGAACUUCUUGAACCAUGGGACCUCCUCAUUCAAAUCCACGAUGACUUUAUGGAGAUAGCUGAACAAAGUUGGCCUGGUGUGCCCUUUGAGAAGUACCUGGUGUGUCCACAUUGUGUCCGGGAGAGAAUCGAGGAUCCCACUUUAUUCCCUGGCGAAAUCCUUGAUAACCCUGGCAGUGUCCCCAAACAGCAGAGCUGGUCAUCGUUUGUUGUUCCCUGCCCCUAUGCCCCAGAGGGAAGCAUACCGGCAAGGCUUAUAUAUCCAGCAUUAGCAGGUUACAAGGCAAUGACAAGAGACCACAAACACGCCUUAGUGAGGAACAGAGUUGUUCUGGUGGAAGGGCUGACAAAUGCGGGUAUUAGGGACCUACUGACCAGACUACAGGCGACAGGCGCUCUUACGUCCAGGGAGGCAGAAAACAUCAAAAGCUCUGAGCAAUUACGUACCAAGGCAGAAGAAUUCCUGGACAUACUGAGCAAAAAAGAGGACAGGGCCUUUAAGAUUUUUGUUGACUAUCUCGCAGAAAGCGGCCAAGCCCAUCUCGCUGAUUUCAUACGAAUGUGAGAGACUCUCUUGUUUUUGUUACAUCAUCUUUUGCGUGAAUACUAGUACUUUUCUUUUCUCAUGUUGCAUUCCAACAUUCAAUAUUAUUUAUUAGAUAAUUUUAAUGUCUUUGCUUUCAAUUAAAAUGUGUAAAACAUUCUUUGAAUUACUCAUACUUGGAUCAUAUCCAAAA